CGUCAUUCAUAAAGUAACUAAAAAUAUGGCGGGAAUUUUUUUAACCAAUCAGCUGCAUCAUCUUGAUUCAUCACGCACAUGCGGAAAGAAAAUGGCCGACAACAACAGUACAGUGGUGUCUGCAGCACCGAAUGUCGGGCAAAUGACAGAAGACGUGGGUCCCACGGACCCAGGGGACGAUGACGAUCCGUUAUCUGAGAAUCAGGAUCAUGCGGAGGAGACGAUGUUCAUAAGCCAGACGGCACCACCCGAAAAUCAAUGGUAUCAUGGUCGCCUUGGUCGUCAGGUGGCUGAGGACAGACUGCGCACUGCAGGAGAAACAGGAAGUUACCUUGUUAGGGAGAGUGAGAGAAACAAAGGGUCAUAUGUACUUUCUUACCUGGGGAAAAAUGGCCUCACACAUUUUAAAAUCUCGGCAAUAUGCGGCGAUUACUACAUCGGAGGUCGUCGGUUUGACAGUCUGUCUCUACUAGUAGGUUACUACACUUCCUGUUCAUACCUUCUCAAAGGGGAACAACUCAAGUAUCCAGUGUCACCCCCAGAGCCUGUUGAUGACAGAAGAAAAGUGGUGGCAGUGUUGUCAUUUUCCAAGAUGCCUGAAACUGAUGAGUUGAGCUUUGAGAAAGGAGAUGUGUUUAUUGUGUUGAAUGAGAUGGGAGACGGCUGGCUGUGGGUGAAGUCGCUGAGGACGAAUGAAGACGGCCAGAUACACGAAGCAUUGGUUGAUGAUUUGAGUGACAGCGUGGAACCGGUGCAGGGGCUGCCUUACUUCCACGAUAGUAUUACAAAGGAACAAGCUGUGGAAAAACUCAGAGAAGCUGGGCAAGGUAGUUUUCUGGUCAGACCAAGUGAAAAUUCACCAGGGAACUAUUCUUUGUUUGUGUUAUGUGAUAAAGUAGUGCAAAGAUUCAGAAUAGAAAAGCAAGGAAAACAAUUAUUUUUAAUGGGAGGCAGGUAUUUUGACAGUUUGGAUGGAAUCAUAGAAAGAUACAAAAAAGAAGAAAUUGUGGAGGGACACACUCUGGGAGCUCCUGUAUCAAGGGAGAUGAAGUACAUAUCUGAGAAAAUGGAGAGGUUGUCCCACAAGGGAUCAAAAGAUGAUCUUUAUGACUCCAUCAGACAGAGUUCCCGAGGCCCCAUGACAGGUCGUCAGGGCAACAAACUGGAAAUGAAAGGAUACCUUUACAUCAAGAAAAACAGUCAGACUAAAAAAUUUAAAAACAUGUUUUUUGUCUUGCUUGGAGAUGAUCAACAGCUGUGUUAUUUAGAAAAUGACAAGAGGUCCCGUCCUAAAGGUUUAAUAGACCUCAGUUACAGCUCUCUCUAUCCUGUCCACGACAGCUUUUUUGGAAGACCCAAUUGUUUCCAGUUAAUCACAAAUUCUUUUAAUCAUUCCCAAAUUUACUAUUUGUGUGCUGACAAUGUAGAUUUAGCACAGAAAUGGAUACAGAGACUCCGCCCAUACUGUGUGAACACAGCCUCAAGUUCUCAACAACGAUCCUCAGCUCUGAAGGAGUUACGCUCCCUAACAGUAGAGGUUGUUGAUGCCCAAAAAUUGCCCACUAAGCUUCUGCCACAUCCUUACUGUAUUCUUAAUCUUAAAAACCCCAGUCAGAACGCCAUCAAGGUGUGCCGAACUCAGGUCGAGGAGGUUCUUAACCCAGUGUGGGAGGAAAAGUUUAUUUUAGAUGAUGUUCCCUCUGAUAUAGAGUCAAUCAGCAUUAGUGUUCAUAAUCACAGUAAAAGAUUUAUUGACAAAGAAAUCGGAAAACCAAUAGCACAAAUUUCAGUACCAUUAGAAGACAUAAAGAAUUUGGAACUAUUUGCAAAAUGGUUCCAGCUAGUCCCAGUGAGUCCCACCACAAGAGGAGAGAUGGGGUCACUACGAAUACGAGCUCGAUAUUUACAUGAAAUUAUAAUGCCAGAAGACAAAUAUUCUACCCUAAAAGAGUUAAUACUAAAUGGUGACCUGAGUAAUUUACUGGAGUUGUUCAGCAUCUGUGGUAAUGAUAGAAUUCCGUUGGCCAAAGCUCUUCUUCAAAUUUUUCGUCAUGAGAAGCAAGAAAAAGUUAUACUUAAAACCAUGAAUGACCUUGAAAUAGCACGAGAAGACAUUGUGUCGACCCUGUUCCGGGCCACUUCCCUGGCGACCACACUGAUGGACCAGUACAUGAAAAUGACUGCCUCUCAGUUUGUAGCUUCAGCUCUAAAAGACCCAAUCAUCCACAUCACCGAGAGCAAACAGUCCUGUGAGCUUAAUCCCACUAUGCUAGACAGUGGAUGUGAUAUUGGAACAAACAGAGAACACUUCUUACAUUUCCUGGAGGAGGUGACAGAAUCCAUAUUUAAAUCCAGAGGCAGCUGUCCCAGAGUUUUGCGGUAUAUAUGUGGCUGUCUACAGCGGAGUGUGUCUGCCAAAUGGCCGUCGGACGAGAGUGUGAGGACUCGUGUUGUCAGUGGAUUCAUCUUUCUGAGACUAUUGUGUCCGGCAAUCCUAAACCCCAAAUCUUUCAAUUUGAUAACAGAGACACCAUCAGAUGUUGCCUGUAGAACAUUAAAAUUAAUCGCGAAAGCAUUACAAAACCUGGCAAAUCUGGUGGAAUUUGGAAUCAAAGAGGCUUUCAUGGAAGUGAUAAAUCCAUUUAUCAAGAAAAAUAAACCAAGAAUGAUCCAAUUUUUGGAUGAAUUGUCUGUUGAUGACAAUGAGUUCUCUUCAGAAAACUCCUUGCCAGUUGACAGUGUAGCGAGAGACUUGGCUACAAUGCACACAAUAUGUGCCACCCACCAAUUAGAACUCAGGAAGCAAGCCGAGACCAAGUCCUCAUUAAAGAAGUUAGUUGCAGUCACCGACAUUUUAACAGACCACAAGAAGCGUUACAUGACAUGAUGAAGGCCAUGAGUGAGUGUGGUGCUUUAUCUAGAUUGGUCUCAACAGAAAGCUAGAACACGGUGAAGGAGGCACAGAAACUUUGUCCCUCAGAGCGACCCACAUCAGGAGUGUUGGCAAUCAUCUUCAGUCCCAACGUUAUGUUUACUGACCGUUCUAGUUUCUGUGCAGAACUGUAUUCAGCGGAGGCAAUUGCAAUAGACAACACUGUUUCAUAAUUUGUAUAUCAUUGGAAAAAAAACUUGUUGAUUUGCUUGUUGCUUGUUAGUUAAAAUCACUAUCAUGAGCCUAUAUGUUAACAUUGAUCAUGAAAUGUUUAUCACUGCGAAAAUGGCAUUAUAUUGAAUGAUUGUUUUAAUUCAUUACUUAUUAGAGUUUAGUUGUUGUAUUUGGAAAAGAAUAAUUUAUUUUAAUUCUCAAUGUGUGAAUGAAAAAGGGUGUAAAAAAUAUCAGGAUUUUUUUUUCACCAAAGAAUGUGGAGUCACUAAAUUAAUGCAGUUUUUAUCUAGUCUCAAAGUACAUUGUACAGGUAUUGCAGUUUUUUUAAUCAUGCUGAUUAAUAGUGUUAAGAUAGUAAAGGUUCAGUGUGUAUAGAUCUAACUGGUGAAAUGUUUUUGUUAUGGCCAGUAUGACAAUCAUGUACAACAGAAAUGGGUAUGAAGACAGUCAAUACAUACAGUUAAUGCAUCUCAUCUCACUAUUCAGAAUGUAUCUUAUUUCGUCCGAGUAUGUUAUUUUUAUACUACAUUGUGAUGUUAGAGUAAAGCUUUUAGACUUGCUAUGGAACAGAAAACUUUUAUUUCUAUCAAUACUGAAUAUAACAGUAUUAUCGCUAAAUUGACCUCUAUAAAAGGCUUCCUUUUGAAUGCAGUAUAUACAAUUACACCACCAUUGCUAACUUUAAAAAGAAUUUGCUAAUAUCUAAAUACUUUCACAUGAUACCAACCCUUGAACAUUUCAUAUGCAACGUACUAUAGCAUGAGAAAAGUUUAUGAAGUUUUUCCUCUGUUUAAAUGACAGUUGAACCUCUUUUAUAGGGAGAGGUGACAGUCAAACCUCUUUUUUAAGAAGUGACAGUUGAACCUCUUUUAUAGGGAGAAGUGCAAUAUUUUUCUUCUUUCUUUUCUUGUCAGGAGUAAAACAUUUGACUUUGCUUGUCCAGAAUGUCAUUCAUUUUCCAUCUUUUUUUAUCAUCACCAUUUUGACAAUUUAACAGUUGAUGAAAAGAUUUCUUUGGUGUGCACUUAUUUUAUGGUGUUACAUAUGAAGAAAUAAAUAAUUAAUAUUUGA